AUGGCAGGCGAGAAAGGCGCAAAGCUCGCACAGCUCGAGCACAACACCCAGACCGUCUCCAAGGAUGACCGCCUCACCACUGACUGGGGCGUUCGCCAGCCCCAGACCGACAACUGGCUCGGCGUCCACACCGACGACAAGACGGGGCCCCUCCUCCUCGAGGACUCGGUAGCACGCGAGAAGAUCCACCGCUUCGACCACGAGCGCAUCCCCGAGCGUGUCGUCCACGCCCGUGGCGCCGGCGCCUUUGGCACCUUCCGCCUCUUCGAGAGUGCCGAGGAUGUCACCUGUGCAAAGGUCUUGAACGACACGUCCCGCGAGACGCCUGUCUUUGUCCGCUUCUCCACCGUUCAGGGCUCCCGCGGCAGUGCCGACACGGUCCGCGACGUGCGCGGCUUCGCCGUCAAGAUGUACACCAAGGAGGGCAACUGGGACAUUGUCGGCAACAACAUCCCCGUCUUCUUCAUCCAGGACUCGAUCAAGUUCCCCGACUUUGUCCACGCCGUCAAGCCCGAGCCGCACAACGAGGUGCCCCAGGCCCAGUCCGCCCACAACAACUUCUGGGACUUUGUCUACCUCCACACCGAGGCCACCCACAUGUUCACCUGGGCCAUGUCCGACCGCGCCAUCCCUCGCUCCUACCGCAUGAUGCAGGGCUUUGGCGUCAACACCUUUAUCCUCAUCAACGCCAAGGGCGAGCGCACCUUCUGCAAGUUUGUCUGGACCCCCGAGCUGGGCGUCCACUCCUUUGUCUGGGACGAGGCCCUCAAGAUUGCCGGCCAGGACCCCGAUUUCCACCGCAAGGACCUCCACGAGGCCAUCCAGAAUGGCGCGUACCCCAAGUGGAAGUUUGGCAUCCAGUGCAUCCCAGAGGGCAAGGAGGACAGCUUUGACUUUGACAUCCUCGACGCCACCAAGGUCUGGCCCGAGGAUCUCAUCCCCGUCCGCUACAUUGGUGAGCUCGAGCUCAACCGCGAGGUGGACGAAUACUUCACCCAGACCGAGCAGGUCGCCUUCUGCACCAGCCACAUGGUCCCCGGCAUUGCCCACUCGGACGACCCUCUGCUCCAGGGUCGCAGCUUCAGCUACUUCGACACCCAGCUGUCCCGUCUAGGCAUCAACUGGCAGGAGCUUCCCAUCAACAAGCCCGUCUGCCCCGUCAUGAACUUCAACCGUGAUGGCCAGGGUCGCCACACCAUCAACAGGGGCAAGGUCAACUACUGGCCUAACCGCUUCGAGGCCCGACCCCCCGCGGAAGCGAAUGAGAAUGCUCAGAUUGACCCUCCAUUGCCCGUCACAGGCACCAAGCGCAGGUACAAGAGCGAGAAGUUCAAGGAGCACUUCAACCAGGCGCAGCUCUUCUACAACAGUCUGUCCGAGGUUGAGAAGUCGCAUGCCAAGAAUGCGUUUGCCUUUGAGCUUGACCACUGCGAUGAGCCCAUUGUGUACGAGCGCAUGUCGCAGCGUCUGGCCGACAUUGACCUGGACCUUGCCAAGAGUGUGGGCGAGAUGGUUGGUGGUCCCGUCCCCGGGACUACCAGCCGCCCCAACCACGGCAAGAAGGCCAAGGGCCUCAGCCAGUUUGACUACCCGCCAUUCAAGCCGACCAUUGCCAGUCGCCGCAUUGCCAUCAUCAUUGCCGACGGCUUUGACAAGACAAUCUUCGACGUUGUCAAGGCCGCCAUUCUCGCCUCAAGCGCUCUGCCGUUCGUCAUCGGACCGCGGAGAUCUGAGGUCUUCCCGGCUGGCUCGGACAAGUCGAAGGGCUCAGGUGUUGUCCCCGGCCACCACCUCGAGGGCAUGCGCUCGACCAUGUUCGAUGCGCUCUUCAUCCCUGGCGGUGCCGAGUCGGUCAAGACGCUGUCGCAGAGCGGCCGUGCGGUGCACUGGAUCCGGGAGGCCUUUGGUCACCUGAAGCCGAUUGCCGCAGCGGGCGAGGCCGUGACUCUACUGAAGGUGGCCAUCAACUUGCCUAGCGUGCAGCUCUCGCAGGACGCUACGGCGGUCGAGUCGUACGGUGUCGUGUCUGUGGGCAAGCUGUCGCCCGACAGCCUCAGCGAGACGGUGACGAUUGCCAAGGAGGGCGCGAGAUUCCUCGAGAAGUUCUGGUACCAGAUCUCGCAGCACCGCAACUGGGCGCGUGAGCUGGAGGGGCUCAACUCGCAGGUUGCGUACUAA